AGGCAGGUCUUCACGCUGUUGCCAACGGCGCCCCGCCGACGCGGUAUGCAGGACGUGGAGAGUCGCUCCCUAUCGAUGCUCAGGCGGAGCCCCGCGCUCCACACCGGCUCGCUCAUCGCGGCCAACGGCCGCUUCGCCUGUUACGCCAUCCCGUCGGGCGUGAUCCGAGUGAUCGACCGGCAGACAGAGGCGCUCGGCCUGCUGCGCGGGCACACGCGCGAGGCGGUCGACCUCAGCAUCACCGCCGGCGGCGGCGACGAGUGCCUCCUCGCGGCCGUCGCCAACGACGGCCAGGCGCUCGUGUGGCGGGUGCGCGCGGGCGGGUCGGCCGUGCAGUCGGAGCGGCUCCUCUCGGUCAAGGUCGACGGCACCUCGCCCGGCGCGGACGAUCGCAUCGUGUCUGCGGCGCCGCUGCUCUUCACGGCGCACGGCGGCGCGGUGAGCGGGCUCGCGCUGCUCGAGCCGGAGGGCGCGGGCGAGGGCGCGCGCCUCCUGCUCACUCUUGGCGAGGAGAACCGCGAGGCGGCUUGCGACCCCGCCAACGGACCGAUGGCUGUCGCCGCAUCGACCAUCACCGCCUACGCGAUCGGCGGCGGAGCCGCGCCGGCGUUCGCGCCGCCCGCCCGCUUCAACGCAAGCGCGGGCGUGCUCUCCUUCUCGCCGAUCGUCGCACCCGGCCCGGACGCCGCCCUCGACUUGCAGCUCCUCUGCGUCAUGCUCGACGGAGCGGAGGCGCUGCGCGCGCAAGAGAGGCAGGCGUUGCUUGUUGCGGUGCGCGAGUCGUCGGCCGCCGCGGCGCGCGGAGCGCUGCAGGAGCUGCUGCCGCUCGUGCAAGCCGCGGUCGACGCGUCCGUCCGCGCCGCCGACACGCCCCGCGGAGUCGACUCCGCGAGCCUCGCCGCGGCGCUCGAGGCGACGCUGCCGGCCGCGCUUUCCUCGCCGAUGUUCGAGCAGCUCCACGCGGCCUUCACGAGCGGCACAGAGCGGGUGUCGCCCGUCGCGACGCAGCUCGCAGCCACCGCCGAGCCGCUCGCCUCCAUCGAGGCGCGGCUCGGCCAGCUGCUCGCCGACGCGACGAUGGAGCUGCAGCAGCUGCUCGGCCGUGGGGAGCACGAGAAGGCCUUCGCGACCGCGCUGCACGCCCAGUUGCUCGAGCUCCUCUCCUGGCUCUGCUCCAAGGUCGACCCGUCGGAGCUGCUCGCCGCGCGGCCGUCGCAGAUCCUCCUCACGUCGCUCGUGCAGCAGCUCGCCUUUGACUUGGGCGCGUCGACGAGCAUGAAGCUCAAGUGGCUGCUGGCCACGCUCCCGCGCCUCGACCCGCACGACCCGCAGAUCGCCUCGCACGUGCCGAAGAUCCUCGAGCAGGUGGCCGCCAACCUGGCGGGCUGCACCGACGUCCUCGGCAACGCGGGCCACCCGUGCCACGCGACGCUGCUCGCCGUGAGCGCUAUGGUGUCGCAGUUGGCCCGCUGAAAGCCAGACGGGAGGGAGGGGGGGGGUAUGGGGGCUCGGACCGCGCAGCUCGAAUACGGCGCUCGCUCGUCAGAGUCGGCUGGGGCGCGUCGUUCACUGACUCGAUCCUAAUACCUUGACGGACGUGGGCACUCGUGGUCUCGGCUCGAGAGGUCGUCAUACCGCAAAAGCACACAGCACGUACUCAGUGGCCUAGAGUAUUUCCCGGC